CUGAUUGUUUGGUCUCCUUUUACAAUGCCGCCAUUUAUGUAUGUUUCGAAGGCCGUUGGGAGGCUGGUAUCGCGUAGAAACCCUGUGGGAAUGUUGAUGAGCUCUGUCAAUAGUGGUCGGCAAUUCGAGAAAUUUGUACAGGUGCAAUGUUUGAGUAGCAUGGUGGGUUUUGAAGCUGCAACAGUUGAUAGGUUGGUUAGAACUGAUAGAGAUAUGAACUCUUCGAUUAGGGGCUUGCCACAUACUGUCCAAAGGAGGUGCUUCCUUGGUUAUGGUGACGAGGAGGAGGGGAAUGUUCUUUCGAGGAAUUACGAGGAGAGGCGUGUUAUUGGAUACUCUCCGGAACAGUUGUUUGCAGUGGUUGCAGCUGUUGACUUGUAUCAAGAUUUUGUUCCAUGGUGUCAGAGAUCUGAGAUAAUCCGGCGCUUCGAUGAUGGAUCAUUCGACGCUGAGCUGGAGAUUGGUUUUAAAUUUUUGGUUGAGAGUUACGUGUCUCAUGUCGAGCUGGACAAACCAAAGUCUGUAAAGACAACUGUGUCACAGAGUGGUAUUUUCGAUCAUUUGAUAAACAUCUGGGAAUUUAAUCCUGGACCAGUUCCAGGAACUUGUGACGUUCAUUUCUUGGUGGACUUCAAGUUCCAGUCACCACUUUAUCGUCAGGUAGCAUCCAUGUUCUUCAAGGAAGUGGUCUCUCGACUUGUUGAAUCAUUCACCGGCCGCUGCCGUUUGAUUUAUGGACCCGGGGUCCAAGUAUUUGAAAAUUCUUAUGGACACAGGGUAUAAACAGGUGGUUUUAUUGAAUUGUACUGACAAAGACAGAUGGAAACCAUAGAAUGCUCACAUGCAUCCCUCAAGUGGCAGUCCAAGUUCUUUAACAUGUUACAGUUGGGGUCAGUAGAUUCAGCAUGCUCAAGGAUGCCCUUUGCUAAUGCAAAUUCUCUUUCAACUUGGC